UGCAUGACUGUUUGCAAUACUUAAUUAUGUGUAAAACUUGUUUCCUCCAUUCAUCGCAUUCGACUAUUUCCACCACUCCUCUACGGAUAUCCACUCUAUUACUUACACACCAUAUACACCCUAUAUAUACCCAUCAGCUAUCCCUUGAAAAACACAAAUAUACAUUCCGGCACUUCGUAAGAAAUCAAUACAUCAUCUGCUGCUUUUAGCACUCCAUGCCUCUCACCAUUGAAGGCCAACUUUCAAGUCCCAGCGACAGUACUGUAUCACAUUAUCAGCUCAGGAUGUCUGGAGUUAUAGAAAAAAGCGAAAACAUCACUCCGAGAAGAUCUGCCAACUACGAAGCCAGUGAUUGGGGUCAUGAUUUUGUUCAGUCCCUCAAGAGUGAUUAUGCAGAGGAGAAUUAUACUAGACGAUCUGAGAAACUAAAAGAAAACGUGAGGCUCAUGUUUGCUGAUCAAGUGUGUAGUGGGUCAGUAUCGUCCACUCUUAAGUUGAUCAAUGUCAUUGAAAGGCUUGGAGUGAGUUACCAUUUCGAUGGUGAGAUCAGAGCAUCCUUAGACACCAUCAACAAGAAGAAUUAUGGAUGGGAGAAGGAUGACCUGUUCACCAGAGCUUUACGGUUUAGGCUGCUCAGGCAACAUCGCUACGAGGUUUCUCAAGAUGUAUUUAAGCGCUUCAUGGCAGAGAUGACGAACACUUCCUCAGCGCUCAAUGAUAUAGAAGGAGUGGUGAGUGUCUACGAAACCUCGUUCUAUGCUUUUGAAGGCGAAGAUAUAUUAGAUGAAGCCCGAAAAUUAGUAACUGGGAUUCUCAAGGAGUACUUGCUGUCAUCAGCCAAAGAUCAAGGAAAUACUAAUUCUAUCACCGAACGGUUAGUCCGUCAUGCCUUGGGGCUUCCAUUUCACUGGAUAGCUCCACGAGUAGAGGCAAGAUGGUACAUAGACACCUAUGAAAUGAUGCAAGAUAUGGACCCAUUGUUGCUGGAAUUUGCUAAACUGGACUUCAACAUCUUGCAAGCCAAGUAUCAAGAUGAACUGAAACACAUAUCCAGGUGGUGGAAAGAGUUGGGUUGUAUUGAAUUAUUGAGCUUCUCCAGAAACAGGAUUGUGGAAAUGUUUGUCUGGACCGUGUGGUGUCACUUUGAGCCGGGGUUUGACAUCAGCAGGGAAGAGACAACCAAAUGGGGUGCAUUGGCAACUCUAGUUGAUGAUGCAUAUGACGUUUAUGGUACCUUAGAAGAACUCAAUAUGUUCACUGAUGCAGUUGAAAGGUGGGAUGUUAACAAAAUUGUCGACCUUCCAGAUUACAUGAAAGUAUUGUAUUUGGCUGUGUACAACACUACCAAUGCCCUAGCCUAUGAGGUUCUAAAGAAGCGUGGCCUAGACAUCCUAUCAUACCUUAAGAAAUUGUGGGCAGAUUUUUGCAAAUCAUAUUUAGUAGAAGCUAAAUGGUACUACAGUGGGUAUACACCGACAUUUGAAGAAUAUAUGGAUAAUGGAUGGAUUUCAGCCGGAUGCGUAAUGCCACUUUACGCGUAUUUGCUUCAAGGGAAUGAAAUUACAAAAGAAGCUUUGGAACGCAUAAAGAACCAUUCAUGUGAUAUUGUACGGUACUCACUCAUGAUAAUUCGACUUGUGGAUGACCUGCAAACUUCAUCACACGAGCAAGAGAGGGGUGACACUCCAAAAGCAAUACAAUGUUACAUGCAUCAAAAUGGUGUUUCACAAACCAUAGCCCGUGAACACAUCAAACAUAUGAUACAUGAUCUAUGGAAAAAGAUGAACGGAGAUGAGUAUUCUCGAUCUAUUUUCCCACGGCAGUUUAUUGAUUUUGUAGAAAACUUUGCCCGUAGCUGUCACUGCAUCUACCAGUUUGAAGACUACGGGGGUAAAGCAGGACCAGAGAUGAAGAAUCGAAUUGUAUCAUUGAUAGAGAAACCCAUUCCAAUUAAAAAGAAUUCCUUCACUUAAGGGGCAUUGGAAGCAUUAAUUAACAGGUGUACCAUAAGACAGAGUCUCCUCAGGUGCAAGAAUACGCUCUCCCCUAUUUGUUUUCGUUAUGUUAGUUACCCGGUGUUAGUUAAUUACUCGACGUGAGAUGUUUGUUACGUGCACAUGUGACAGUUGUCUGAAUUGUUUAAUUUCUGUUUAUGUUAUGUAUGAGAUGUUUGUGUACACACACGUGUAUCUUGUCUGUACUAGUUAAAGAAGUAUCUCAAUAUUU